AGAGCGCCGCCUCUGUUCCCCACUGCUCCCCAAACCCAGACCCUCGCCGUCACCUCCAUCCGCUCUCCUUCCACCGGCGGCCAUGGACGACCCCCAAGUGCUCAUCGGCGUCUACAGGAGCGUCUCCAUGAGCGAAAUGUGCGAUAGCAUGAAGCAGAAGGGCGACGACCCUGAGACGCUGGAUCUCGGCACAAACAUGCCGCUUCUCGUGUACGGCUACCUCCCGCACCCGCCCGUCUCCACCACCCCCGCCCUCCCGCUUCCCGCCGCCGUAUGGGUCCACGACGGCGUCGACCGCAUCAGCCGCCUCCCCGACGUCGUCCUCGUCAACAUCCUCUCCCGCCUCCCCGCCAAGGACGCCGCGCGCACCGCCGCCCUCGCCUCGCGCUGGCGCCCACUCUGGCGCACGGCGCCCCUCGCUCUUGUCGACAGCCACCUGCUUCCGGACGGCGGCGCGUCCGGGCCGUUCACCAUCCGCGACCCCUCUCCCCGCGCCGUCACCGCCGCGGUGUCCCGCAUCCUCGCGGCGCACCCGGGGCCUUUCCGCUGCGUUCACCUCACCCGGACCAUAAUGCAGGAGCACCGGGCCGAGAUGACGCGCUGGCUCGACAUCCUCGUCGCCAAGGGGGUCCAAGAACUCGUCUUUGUCAACCGCCCCUGGCCGAUUGACCUGCGCCUCCCCGCCUCGCUCUUCAGCUGCGCCUCCCUCACCCGCCUCUAUCUCGGCAUCUGGAGGCUCCCGGACAGCACCGCCGUGCCGCGCCGCGCCAGAUUCCCCAACCUCCGGGAGCUUGGCCUCUGCAUGAAUGUCAUGGAGGACCGUGAUCUGGCCUUCAUGCUCGAACGAAGCCCCGUCUUGGAGAUCCUCGUCAUCAUGGGGAGCCAGAGCCAAGUGCGCCUCCGCCUCAUCAGCCAAAGCCUGCGCUGCGUUCAGCUCGGCCACACCUACUUGGAGGACAUAGACGUGGUGGAUGCCCCCAGCUUGGAGAGGCUCUUCCUGUGGGAUACAAUUCUCACUGGCGAGCUCACUCCCCCCAGGAUGAGCUCCACCAGGAACCACUCUUCCAGGCUCAACAUUGGCCGUGCACCCAACCUGCGUAUGCUGGGAUACCUUCACCCAGGAGGACAAGAGUUGGGGAUUACCAACAGCGUCAUUGUGGCUGGUAGCAAGGAGAGCAUUGUCCCUAGCGUCCAAAUUUUGGCCAUAGAGGUGCAAUUUGGUAUCCGCGAUGCUGUCAAGAAAGUGCCUGGCUUUCUCAGAUGCUUCCCCAACCUGGAGACCCUCCAUGUCCAUUCCUCCUCCAUAUCUGAAGAGCCCACUGGGAAGGUCAAUCUGAAGUUCUGGCAGGAGGGCGGUCCCAUCAAAUGCGUCCUGCAGAGCCUGAAGAAGGUGUUUUUCAACGAAUUCCAAGGGUCGAAAAGCGAGGUUGCUUUCCUCAAGUUCAUCGCGGAGAGAGGGCGGGUGCUAGAGCAGAUGGCUGUUGUGGUGGCCCGUGAAUGCUUCUCUUUGGGGGGUAAUGUGAAUGCCAAACUGAAGCCUCUGACCAGUGCAAAAUGGAACAACAAAGCUUGCAAACUAGAGCUCUUCAAGAGCCCACACGAUGACGUGGGAGGUCCAGCUUACUCCGUUGAGAAAGCUUGUGAUUUCGAGUUUGCUGACCCUUUCGACCUCAACUACCACUACAAACCAGAAAGGAUCUCUCAGCUAGAAAAACCUAUUUGGCGAGCUGUGGAAUGCUUAUUUCUGCCAAGUAAAGUUGUACUGGUAUGUGGGAUGCUACGUAGUACUGUGAUGUGCAGUUGGUCUGUUAUUUCUGGUUUGUCCAACUGCUGCAACUUGCUAUGUUUUGCAGUUGUUGCUGUUAGCAUGAAUUAUUUUGCUAUGCUAUGCUAUGCUGGUCUCAGAUCGAAAGAGCUUGACCGCUUUAGGAUAAGCUCAUCGACUCUGCACAGGUGAAGAUGAAGAGUUCAUUCAUAGAUUCUAUCUAUUGCCAAAAGGAUAGUAGUAAUAGUUUCUACUAGCAGCUUUGAUUCUGUUACCAAAAGGGUAAUAGUUUAUCAUAUCAUUACUAGUAGUGCUGCAAAUAAACCUGGUGGUUAAUUAAUUACGCUAAUAAAAUUAUGGUAGCUGAUGUAGUACAGUGAUUGUAAUUAAUCAGUACUGUACUUGACUGCUGUUUUCGCAACUGAGCUCGUUGUCCGUCCUCCCUGGCUCACACCUCCCGCGCUUACUGAAGAAGCUAGCGCAGCUGUGGAGAGAUUCAGUUAUUCAACCAACGGUCGGCAGUCGCUCGGCUCGGCUCAACGGCCACGAUGGAUACUUGCCAUCGCCUUGUUCACUGUUAGCGAGCUGUUACUACUGUUUAUUAUACCCGACAGCCAUCAUGCUUGCCCCUGGUUUGAUUUUAGAUGUUUCUGGAACCCAUCCAAACAUGGUGGAACUUAUUUCUAAGACUUGUAAAAACUGACAGGAAUUUGUAUAAACAUGUUUGAAAUCCCUAGAUAUUUUGUGUAUUCGUGACAAUUGAUGUGAAUGUACAACAGCUGCGAAAAUCAGUAUGAAUUCUGUUAAAAUAUUUCUGAAAUUCGUUGAAAGCAGGAUUAGAUGUUUCUGGAACCAAUCGAAGCAUGGUUCAACUUACUUGUGAGACUUUUAAAAAUGACUGAAAUUUGUGUGCAUUCA